UCAAGUUCCUCAACCAGCUAUUUCCCGGUUGGUUGAUUCUAAGUUCCAAACUUCACCAUAUAAAAUGCUGUAAGAACUUUCAUUGAUCUCAUAUCAAGCUAGAAAGCAAUCACGGUCAGCAAAAGAAAAAACAAAACAAUCCCAGAUUUUCGGUUGACUUAGAAUACUUUGAGAUGAACCGCGUUGCGUUGAGGUCCGUGAUCGGAGGUCUGCGCAGUGGCGGGAGCUGGAACCGGUACAUUUCCACGGCGGCUGUUGCUAGGAAUGUUGAGACAGCGGAGUUUCUGAAGCCGCAAAACGAUGGCGUUCUUGGGGCGUUUCAGUGGAGGAGGAUGAUGAGCACGGGGUCGGCUUCUGCUCAAACGUCGGAGGAGAAAGACCAGAAGGAGAGCGGAGUGAAGAAAGUGGAUGAUAGUAUGGUGGUUUCGAAUUACUGGGGGAUUAUGACGCCCAAGAUUACUAGGGAGGAUGGGACUGAGUGGCCAUGGAAUUGCUUUAAGCCAUGGGAGAGUUAUCAAGCGGACACCUCCAUCGAUCUGAGCAAGCACCAUGUGCCCAAGACGUUUCAGGACAAAAUUGCGUUCAGGACUGUCAAGUUUCUUCGAGUUCUAUCUGAUCUUUACUUCAAGGAGCGGCAUGGAUGCCACGCAAUGAUGUUGGAAACUAUCGCAGCUGUCCCUGGCAUGGUGGGAGGAAUGGUGCUACACUUAAGAUCUCUCCGCAAGUUUGAGCACAGUGGUGGUUGGAUCAAAGCUUUACUUGAAGAAGCAGAGAAUGAGAGGAUGCACCUUAUGACAGUAGCGGAACUUGUGAAGCCCGUGUGGCACGAGAGGCUACUGGUUCUGGCUGCGCAGGGGGUCUUCUUCAAUACCUUCUUUGUGCUCUAUUUGCUUUCCCCCAAAGUGGCUCAUAGGGUUACUGGGUAUCUGGAAGAGGAAGCUGUAAUCUCUUACACAGAGUAUUUGAAGGCUAUCGAAAAUGGCAAAAUUGAAAAUGUGCCAGCUCCUGCAAUAGCCAUUGACUACUGGAGGCUACCUAAAGAUGCAACACUUCAUGAUGUUAUUACUGUGAUUCGUGCUGAUGAAGCUCACCAUCGGGAUGUCAACCAUUUUGCAUCUGAUAUUCAAUUUCAGGGAAAAGAAUUGAGUGAAGCACCGGCGCCCAUUGGUUAUCAUUGAAGAAUAGAAAUGAAUUUUCUAUCUGAUAUAAUCUGUCCCGUCUUGUAUAUGGAGUCUAUGUUGUAUACGCAGAUUGUUUCUCAAAUAGAUCGAUGUAAUGUAAGCUGUACGUGAUUCAUCUUAAUUUCGAUUUGAUUGUAUCUCAAGGUCUUUACAAUAGUUUAUAACGAUUGUUUCAGAA